UAUAUACAAAUCCUCAUCAAUAACAAGAUACAUCCACUACCAUAUCAAUACACAUCAUGUCCUACCCUCUACAUACCCAACACACCAUUCCCGCCCGCUCAGGCAUUGCCGUGCAAUUACAAAUCAACCAAACCAUCAAAGUCAUCAACACACAUGGCUCACAAGUCAUUGAUUUCUGGGCCUUGACUACUAGUACUAUCCCUGAAUCACCAGCGUCGUCAACCGAAGAUGGAAAUGAAACUCAUAUUCUUAUCCCCCCAUCCUAUCUCUCCAUGAGCCACACUCGAGGCACCACACUCCAUUUAUCCCCCCUUGUCGGCGAUACACUCGUUACCAACCACCGAAGUCCAAUCUUGACAUUAAUCGAAGAUUCCACCCCUGGUGUUCACGAUACUUUGAUCGCAGCAUGUGAUAUUCAUCGAUAUCGUCAAUUAGGUGUUCCCGAGGAUGUGUAUCAUGAUAAUUGUGUGGAUAAUUUCAGAAAGGCGGUUUCGACGUCAACAUACUCCUGGCCAGCUAUGCAAACUCCUCCGGAUCCCUUGAAUCUAUUCAUGAAUAUUCCUGUUGAUGGAAGGGGUUCUUCGGAGAAUGAUGAUGAGAAUGUCACAGCAGGUGCAAAUAUUCGAUUUGAGAAACCGGUUUGCAAAAAAGGGGAUUAUGUCGUUUUCAAAGCGCUGACUACUUGUUUGGUGGUCAUGUCCGCGUGUCCGCAGGAUUUGGUCAAGGUUAAUGAUAUGAUGCCGACGGAGGCGCAUUUUGUGGUUAGUUAGUUAAUUAGUUAGAUGGGUCAGGAUUAUCAUUUCAAUCAUUAAAG